AUGCCUAAGGAGCGAAUCGAAGAAGAAGGGAUCUCGCCGAAGGAGAAAGUGGGCCGGUUGAUCGAGAAUCUUGGACCGAUCAGCAACACGAUCCAGUACAGCUGGUUCAUCGAGAUGGCUCAAAAGCUGCUUGAUUUCAACGGCGAUACGAUUGAUUCCAGCAACUGGGAAUCGUUCUACGACGACGCCGAGCAAAAAAUGUCGGCCGACAACUGGACCGAAACCGUUUUCAGCAAAAGCCGCCUGGAAAGCGUCUUUCUGACGAACGAUUUCGACGAUCCGCUAGAAGGCUUCGACAGCACGAAAUACAUUCCGUGCCUCCGAACGGACGACUUGGUGUUUCACCUGUCCGAUGCUCGCACGAAGAUGCGUUUGUACGAGGCCACCAACAUUGAAGUGAGCGACGUUAAGUCGGCUCGUGAAGCGAUCGGCAAACUGUUCGACCACUUCACCCGCCGCAACGCGAAAGCCUGUGCGAUUUCGCUGCCUCCGACGUUCGCACCUACGAAAGUCUCCGACGCACGUGCCGAUACCGCAUUGGCAAACAUUUUCGCCCAUGGUCCAAGUGCUGACGAAGAUGAUCAACGUGCCGUCAGCAACUUCAUUUUCUGGACGUUGGCUGAGAACUGUCAGAGCUACAAACUGCCGUUCGACUUGAUGAUCGGCGUCAAUCGUAAAGUCUUCCCGGCCGGUGUUUACCAAGGGCAAGAUCUGUACGACAGCCGCGUUUCGCUGAUUCAGUACAAAGAUCUGCUCAACGCAUUCCCAGACGUUACGUUCCCGAUCUCAGUUCUGGCAAGCGUUACCAAUCAGGAAUUGGUCAGCUAUUCGUGGAUCUUCCCGAAUGUCAUCGGCUAUUACAGCGACAUGUACAAGAUGGAGUUCGCAUUGCCGAAGUUCGCCAUGUACAAACGAAUCCUCGCUAAAGUGCUAGCCGAGAACUUCGUUAUCGACCGUAAUUGGUCGGAAGAGUCGGCCAUCGAGCUCGGCACUCAGCUGCUGCGAGGCAACGUCGAAACGAUCUUCAGCGUCGGCAAGUAA